AUGCGUCCUACUCUAUUGCUUGCUGCUCUGGCAGCUGGCGCUGUGAACGCCUAUGAGAGGAGCGUUUAUGUCACCGAUUGGACCACCGUCACUGUUACCAAGACCGUCACGGCACCCACCGUUACCGAAACUGUUCCUACCGCCAACCAGGUUCAGGUUGACUACAAGACUACCACUUUGUCUGCCGCCGCUGUCGAGACCCAGCAAUCCGAUCUCUACAAGAAAUCUACUGUUAUUGUUCCCGAGUCGGUCACCUCGUCUACCUCUACCUUGGAGGCUGCGCCCGCUACCCUCGCGCCGGUGCCUGCGCCUACCACCAGCGCCGCCGAAGGUGUCCAGGCCGCCGCCGAGUCCACUUCCUACUGGUCAACUGCCUGGACUUCCACUAUCGAGCCUGAAUCUACCACCUCUGCUACGUCCACCCUCGCUACUUCGACUUCCGCGGCCGCCACUGCCACCGCCGCCAACGCCUACCAACAGGCCGUGCUGUACAACCACAACAUUCACCGCAGCAACCACUCCGCUCCUUCCGUCGACUGGUCUGCCGAUCUUGAGACGAGCGCCCGCGCUCUCGCCGCCAAGUGUGUUUACGAACACGACACCUCCAUUGAUGGCGGUGGUUACGGUCAGAACAUCGGCUACGGUGUCGAGUCCAGCCAGGUUGGUGUCAUGCUCACCAACCUGAUGUACAACGACGAGAUUGAAUACUUCCCCACCCCCUACGGAGAGUCCGACCCCAGCAUGACCGAUUUCGAGAAGUGGGGUCACUUCUCUCAGAUCAUUUGGAAGGGCACCACUCACGUCGGCUGCGCUACCGUGGUGUGCGACGGCCUCGGAAACGUCGAUUCUAGCAGCUCUCUCCCCUUCACUGUCUGCAACUACUCUCCCGCGGGUAACUAUGCCGGUGAAUACGGUGAUAACGUCCUCGCCCCUCUGGGCGACGCCGUUUACACCGUCUCCUAA